AUGCACAACCCAGUGCGCGAAGCCACAUGGGCUGUCUGCAUUGCCUGGAAAAGAUCACGCGGCCCCAGAGAGAGGUCCCAGGAGGGUGCGGCUGAAGCGAAAGCGAAAUUGCCCACGAUGCAGCUAUUGAAGGCUAUCCCCUUUCGGUCCUGUAUUCACAUACUUCGUACAUCCGACGCCAUGCAUACGAGACUCGCCCUUUCUGCGGCCCUGAUGGGCCUCAUGGCUCAAGUCACUAGCGCCACCUCCUGCACCUCCAGCAACGCCACACCCCUCGAAAAGUACAUCAGCGAAUCCGGCGGCGGCGGUGGCGGCGGCGGCUUCGACGUCUUCCUCUCGUACGACCCUUUCGCCAUAGUCAGCAACGCGGUCAAGAAGCGGGACACGCCCAACGCGCGGCUGGCCAACGUGGCCAACAUCAUCCCGCGCGACGCGGCCACGGUGGAGUGCUCGGCCUCGGAGAUGUGCUUCUCGGUGCAGAACUCGCCCUUCUGCCUCAACCUCGUCAACGGCGACUUCCACGACGGCCAGGGCACCACGGGCAACGCCCUGACGGGUGACUACACGCUGGGCGAUGGCCGCAAGGGGAAUCUGUAUAACGGGCCGUAUCCCCAGCCGACGGCGGCGGGGAAUACGAAUGCGAAGGCGACGCCGGCUGCUGGCUCGGGGAGCGGUAACGGUAGCGGGAGUGAAGGUGGCGGUUCUGGUGCAGCCCAGACGGCGGCGUCCAAUGCCGGGGCGGGUCCUGGCGUCACUUCCACGAGUGUGACUCCGGCUGCCACGGGGGCCGGGGAGAACGCGGCUGCUAACGGCAAGGUCGGCAGGGCGGUCGUUGUUGGUGCGGCGGGCCUUCUCGGUGCUCUUCUGCUCUAA